AUGUCCGUCACCUUCGCCCAUGAGGGAUAUGACGCCUGCUGGGCUUGUAACGACCCCUCCUUCAGCUACUUCCUUGUCAGCGGCAGCCUCGCACCGGUGAAAAUCAUCCCAAACCGCUUAUCGGCAUCGCUCCAGAAUCCUACCCCGCUACGCUACGCCGGCACGAGCAAUAGUCUGAAGCACACGCUCGGCGUUGAGCUCACCGCAUCUGAGGCGCAACUGCGGCAGGACCGCUGCGAGCAUUCUGCAAGGCUGGAGGCGCACGAAAGCAACGCUGAAAAGGGGACCGCCGGAGGAGUUCACCAUCCAGCUGUUUACGGGGUCCAAAUCCCUGGUACAGCCCGCUCACCGGGCGACAAGAGCAGCAGCACCGCCGGGUCUACCUGGAGCCCUGUGGCGCCGAGGAAAGACGGCGGCUUGACGUCCGACCACGGUGGUGGUGGUGGCAGUGACAUCGAGAGCACCCCUGGCGGAGGGAUUUUUUCCGUCCUCAAGGCAACAAAACCCUCUGAGAUCAACGCGUCGGAAGUCGACUUCUCUACAAACGAAGGGAGAGAGACCCCCCUCUUGCUGCCGGGGCAAUCCCUCGACUGCUAUCUGUUGCUACACCGCGUCAAGGUGAUCGGCCCGGAGAGAGACCCCGACAAAGCGGUAAGCCCCGAAGUCGUUCCGGCCGCGGCCGAGAGAGUUACUGGGACGACACGGUGGAAGCUAGACGCUCGACAGGGGUCGUGCAUCGGCAAGGUGAGCCGCCGAUUUUUGCGGGAGCUCGAGCGCGAGGAGGCGAAGCACGAGACGGAAGUGAAGGUUUCUUUCCUUCGACAGACCGAGGUGUUUGGGAAAGGAUUUAGUGCCGCAGCUCUUGAGCAAGUAGCCCUGCUCAUGGAGCGUCGGAAAGAGCCCGCAGCAGCCGUGGUACGGCGAAAAGGCUCUGCAGUGGACAAGGUUGAGUGA